AACGAAUAUAUCAGUGCUUUCAACUCUCAACUAAUAGCCACUAUGGGAUAUUGGUCAAAGCUGUUGGAUUGGAUAUUAAGAGAUCCUGGAAAACUAAUUCGCUAUUUAGUCCUUUUUGUGUGCUCCGUUAUUGUGAUUGUACAGUUGUCGGAAUGCUGUACCAAACUGCAUAGUCCACCGAUAUUAACUCACUCAUAUUUUAGUCUGAACGAUACUGUAGAAAUGCCAGCUAUCACUAUAUGCCGCGAGCCACCAUACAAAGAAGAUGUACUAAAUAAUAUGUCGGGAGAUAUAUGCCCGCAUCCAAAAUAUGUAACUUGCUGGAAUGACUUCCCUUUCAAUGACUUAGAACUAGAUGAAUUCUUUAUGAACUCAACCUUUAAUUUAGAAGAAACCAUAUUGGGUGAACAAUAUGGGCUCGAUGGACUAACUAGGAAUAUAGAAAUCAAAAGCAGCUUUCAUUUCUACAUGGGCCGGUGUUACACUUUGAAUCCUAAAAUAGAGCUUAAACGUACAACUCGUACUUCUGGUUAUUCUCUAUUGCUUACGCAUAACAUUGCAUCGGGUUCAAGUAUGGAAAUGAUGUUAGAAAAAAAUCCAGGAUGGCAUAUUUAUAUACAUGAUCAUCGCCAUGAGUUUACUGAACUCAAUGUGAAAGGGACUGCACGGACAGAGUAUAUUUUCGCUGAAAUUGACGAGGAAAUUGAAAUAAAGCUCCAAAGCCAACAGUUCAGAAAUAUUGAAUCAAAAAAAAACCCUUGCUCCGCUACACCAAGUUACAGUGACAUGAAGUGCGCUGAAUUAUGUGUUUUCGAUGAUUUGGCUACAAAAACCAAUUGCACUGGUCCUUGGAUGACCGGUAUAUCGCAGCAACCAUGCGAUAACAACAAGUCAAUGCGUGCCUUAAUAAAGGAUUACGAAAUCUACUAUAAAAGUGACGAAGAUAUUGAAUGCGAUUGCAAACGUCCUUGUAAUGAGCGUAUUUAUUCGACAUUAAUACAAAGCAGAAAACAACUUAAUUCGGGUCAGCAAUAUACCCAAGUAUGGAUUUAUUAUUCCACAAAAUUAGUUUCGAUGGUGGAAGAACGUCCGAGCUAUGACACUACACAAUUUAUAGCUGACAUUGGUGGCUCAUUGGGUUUUUUACUAGGUCUCUCUGUCCUAGGAUUAAUCGGCAUAUUGGAACAUCUUACCUUAUUUUUCUGCGGAGGAUUAGUAAAAACGCAAUUAAAACACGAGAAUCAGUUACAAGACGAAGCAGAACGUCAAUCCCAAAAAAGUGUGCAACUGAAAUAAAAGAUACAACUCUUUAAAUAUUAACAAUAUCCAAAGAGAAGAAAACAUAU